UCAGUGCCAAGUCAGUCACUGUAUGGUUCCUUGCCUAACUGACUACCCACCCCCUCCAGACCCCAGUGUAUCACUUUCUCUUUUUCUUCUUCCUGUUCCUUUGUUUGGGAUUGUCCCAUAUUACUUUCAUAUGCAGUGAUCGACUUCAUUUACUGCGGGUAAAUGUCGGGCACAUGCGAGCACUUCCAUGAACAGCAGCCUGAGCCACUCAUCGUUUCUCAUAUAAGUCUUACACGCUUCCGCGCAGUCCUCGAGGUCUUGUCUAUGCCCUAUUCCGUCAGCCCAAGAUCCGACAACCUUCUCAGCUUGGCGACGUCGUGAGGGACCGACUUCCGAGGACAUCCCGUGCGAGCCUCUCAGCCUCUCUUUUCUUUUUGCUACCCGUUCGAUUCCCUUGAAAGCACUUUCGCUAUCAACGCUUGCCAUCACUUAGCUCGUGCAGCCCAUCGUCGCCAACUGCCGCCUUGCAAGCCUCAACAGACAUUGCCAGAGACCCCUUUACGUCCACAUAACCGUUGUGGCCAGUAAAUAGAGAGAGAAGAAACUCGACACUUGCUCAACGAUGGAUCUGCCUCUUACCAACCGCGAAGACCGCGAGGUUGAACCGCCGGCUUCUCCCCCAGACACCGAGAUGACCAACUCGACGCCCAAUACCGUGUUUUCACCGCCUUAUAGCCCCCAACAGAAAGUCCGGCAGCUCAUGAAAGACACCAGAGCUGCGGCGAGGAAGAAGUUGGAUCAGCUGUCGCUGGAGGAGAAGGUCUCUCUACUUACUGCUGCAGACUUCUGGAGGACCAAGUCCAUCCCUUCCAAGUCCAUCCCUGCUGUCAAGACAUCAGAUGGCCCCAACGGUGCGCGCGGGGGCAUCUUUGUUGGCGGUACCAAGGCCGCUCUUUUCCCCUGUGGUGUCUCUCUCGCCGCGACGUGGAACAAGGAGCUAUUGUACGAAGUUGGCCAGCAUCUGGCCGAUGAGGCCAAGGCAAGAUCUGCCAACAUCCUCCUUGCGCCGACUGUCUGUAUGCACCGUCACCCACUGGGAGGGCGCAAUUUCGAGUCUUUCUCCGAAGAUCCCCUUCUGACGGGAAAGCUGGCCGCUCAGUACAUUCGUGGGUUGCAGGAAAAGGGUGUUGCGGCAACCAUUAAGCACUUUGUUGGCAACGAGCAAGAGACACACAGACUGACAAUAGACUCGCUCAUCCAAGAGCGCCCGCUGCGCGAGAUCUACUUGCGGCCGUUUGAGAUCGCCGUCCGCGAAGCAAACCCCUGGGCUUUGAUGUCGUCCUACAACCUCGUCAAUGGUGUGCACGCGGACAUGCACAAUUUGACGUUAAAGGACAUUCUCCGAGGUGAAUGGGGAUAUGAUGGAACUGUUGUUUCUGACUGGGGUGGCACCAACUCUACAGCCGAAUCUAUCAUUGCCGGAUGCGACGUCGAGUUCCCUUACUCUCCGAAAUGGCGUUUUGACAAGGUGGUCAAGGCCUUGGAAGAGGGCGAGAUCCGCCAAGAGGAGAUCGACCGCGCAGCCGAGAACGUUCUCACGCUGGUCGAGCGCUUGAAGGGCGAUGACAUGUCGGCGGAGCAGCCGGAGAGGGAGGACAACCGCGCAUCAACCAGAGACCUCAUCCGCACAGCCGGGGCUGAGGGCUUGACGCUCCUCAAGAACGAGGGCGCCGUCCUCCCCCUGAACCCGAAGACGACCAAGGUCGCAGUCAUCGGUCCCAAUGCCAACCGCGCCAUCGCCGGCGGUGGCGGCAGCGCCAGUCUGAACCCUUACUACCGGACGAUCCCUCUCGAGAGCAUCCGCUCCGUGGCCGAGCAGGAGGUGACGUUUGCGCAAGGAUGCCACAUCUACAAGUGGCUCCCGGUCGCCUCUCCUUAUUGCACGGAGAAGUCGGGCAAGCCGGGUGUCAACAUCGACUGGUAUUCCGGGGACAAAUUCGAGGGCGAGGUGGUCGUCGUGCAGAGACGGAUGAACACUGACCUGUUCCUCUGGGACUCUGCUCCCCUCAGCGAGAUCGGGCCGGAGUGGUCGGCGAUCGCCACGACGUACCUCACGCCUAAGACUACCGGCAAGCACACCGUCAGCUUUAUGAGCGUCGGCCCCGGCAAGCUGUACGUCGAAGGCAAGCUGGCGCUGAACCUCUGGGACUGGACCGAGGAGGGCGAGGCCAUGUUUGACGGGUCCGUCGACUACCUGGUCGAAGUCGACAUGGAAGCUGGCAAGCCGGUAGAGCUCAAGGUCGAGAUGACUAACGAGCUGAGGCCGCUGGCCAAACAGAAGCAGUUCGGUAUCACGCACAAGUACGGAGGCUGCCGGAUUGGGUUCAAGGAGGAGGACCAGGUGGACUUUCUCCAGGAGGCCGUCGAGGCCGCCAAGGCAGCCGACGUGGCCGUCGUUAUCGUCGGUCUUGACGCUGAGUGGGAGUCCGAGGGGUACGACAGACAGACGAUGGACCUGCCGUCCGACGGAAGCCAGGAUCGCCUCAUUGAGGCAGUCGUGAAGGCCAACCCCCGCACCGUCGUCGUCAACCAAUCGGGCACCCCGGUCACAAUGCCGUGGGUUGACCAGGUGCCAGCCAUCAUCCAGGGGUGGUACCAAGGACAGGAGGCCGGAAACGCGCUCGCCGAUGUCUUGUUCGGGUUCAAGAACCCCAGCGGGAAGCUCCCGUCGACCUUCCCCAAGCGUAUCCAGGAUACGCCGGCCUAUAACAACUGGCCCGGAGAGAACCUCAAGGUCAACUACGGCGAGGGCCUGUACAUCGGCUACCGGCACUAUGAGAGGGCCAAGAUCGAGCCGUUGUUCCCCUUCGGGCACGGCCUCUCCUACACGACGUUCGAGUAUGGACGGCCUUCUAUCAGCACGAAGACGCUCACGUCUCGGGGCACUGUUGAGGUCGUCUUCGCCGUCAGUAACGUCGGAGCCGUGGCCGGCGCCGAGGUUGUGCAGAUCUACGUGCGGGACGACAAGUCGAGGCUGCCGCGCCCCGAGAAGGAGCUCGUCGCGUUCGAGAAGGUGUUCCUCGUGGCCGGCGAGACGAAGCACCUCCACAUCUACCUCGAUAAGUACGCCGUAGGAUACUACGACACGUCGGUGCCGGGGUGGGUGGCCGAGGAGGGCACAUUCAGGGUCCUCAUCGGCGCAUCAUCCGCCGACAUCAAACACUCGGUCCAAUUUGAAGUCAAGGAGUCAUUCAACUGGGUCUUCUAGUUCGCCUUCUUAGGUUGCAUGUUAUACCACGUCACGUUUCCUCUCUUUUGUUCAUUGGGUCGGACGUGUGUGUGUCUGAUGCCAACGCACUUACCAGUCGGUUAUAUAGAAAGAAGCAUGGUUUGCGGCGAUGAUAACAUGCCCGCGUACAAAUCAUUCUAUUGCUCCGGCUGCUGCCUCUAUCCUCCUCUGCUGGCAUCUCCUUCCCUAAACCCUCACCACCCCUACUCGGUCGACAUCACGAACCAGCAGGCUGUGGCGGCGCAAGUCUCGAAACGGGGACUAGGGGAACAUGUUUUUUUGGCGCUCAUCCGUUCUACAGGACAUCCGUUGGUAUAGUCAAGAGAAGGCGGGAGGGGCAGAGUCGUCCGCAUGUUGAUGUACUUCAUCACGUCUUUGGUCGAGCCGCCACAUCAGAACUGCCUGUGAGCAUGUGAAU